GACCGUUAUUAAAUAUUUAACAACCUCCUAAUUACUAUUGAUCGUAUGUAAGCUUUUUGCAAUUCUAUUGUUUUACCUCGAGGCCUAAUUAUAACCAUAUGCCCUUGGGCCAAUAUAAUCAUCAUGGCAAUAGAAGGAACUAUCUUGGUUCUUACCAUUCUCUUUAUCGUUACCAUAGGGAUCUAUUGUAGAAUAGCCCCGAAAACUCCUGCUCCACGGGUAUACACUCCAGUGACUCCACAAGCUCUUCGACAAGUACUUUUGCCUAUGCAGCUACCCCCCGGUAAAUGGAAGACAACUAGCAUUAACAGAAUGGCGAGAUUGCUGAGCCGUAUCGCAACCGGAUUCGAUACAUGCAACAUGCGGAAACGCUACCAGAACGACUGGAAACUGGGUCAUGGCUCCUCAGAUGCAGAGAUUAUAUCUUUAAUUCAAGUCCUCGGCGAAACCUCUUUUCCGCGUGACUAUUUCGCCUUCCUUAAACUCAACAACAUGUCGAGUUUUUUCACGUACGAGAAUGGGCCGCUCUUACAAUUUAACAACGCAGAAGGAGUUAGAUGGGAUGAGAAUGGCCUUGAAACACGGACCUUUGUAGAAUGCCUGAUCGGAAGAACUGCUCUCAACGCCAUCAUCUCCGAGAUAGAAUGCAUUGAAUCCCUCAUGCUGCCAUUGCGUGUGCUACACAUAGAGAUAUUUGAUCGAGUAUGCCUCAUCGGACCUAAAGAUUGUCGGCGAAUAGCCGAGUUCUGGGAGCCUCUAUUAGCCCACAUGAUUGUAUCCGAUGAUGUUAAGAAGGAAGCUUCUCGUUAUUCUAACGAACACUUUGGAUGCAUUUCUCCAUUUGUGAUGAUGAAGUCCCAGAAAAGUUGGAUUGUCGUGGAAAAUAAUGUAAGGAAGACAGGCACUCGGAUAUACCCAAGUUUUUCGCACUAUCUAGAAGAAUUGGCAAAAAUGGAGGAGCUACAAGCGGAUAUGCGUGGUAUCAGACAUAUAGAAACACGAAUUGCUGCCUCUGACCGUCGUAUGUGGAAAACCCAUCCUUACGAUAGAAACUGGAUAACCACUUCCUGAUAGAAUGGAUAGUUACCCUAAUUUUCGCUCUGUUGUUACGAGGAUCAGGUCAAAAGUCUUGAAAUCGGCAAACCCACGAAUUGUAACUCCUCACCAGUAAUUACGUGCGUACCUAAUGCACGGAGAUGGAAGCGGAGUUUAUUGCUUGAUUUAUUAUUAUAAUUUGAUUUAUAAU